UCCGCGGCUUCCCGGCGCCGCCGCGGGCGCUGAGGUGCAGUCGCCGCCUCAUCGCCGCAGGUGUGCGCGGGACCCGCCUCCCGCCGGCCGCAGGUAUUGGUGGUGAUAAGAUGGAGCCUUCCCCGUUCAACAGAAGACAAUGGACUUCACAGUCUUUGAAAAUCACUGCAAAAGAGCUUUCUCUAGUCAACAAGAAUAAGUCAUCAGCUCUUGUGGAGAGGUUCUCCAAGUAUCAGAAGGCAGCUGAAGAAGCCAUCUCUGAGAAGAAAAGAAAUAGCACAGAGAAUCUUCCCCCUCAUUUUAAAAGGGGGAAUCUGAGUGUGCUAAAGAAGAAGUGGGAGAAUCCAGCGCUGGGAACGGAGGCUCGGAAGGAAACGCUACGAAGCAGCUGUGCUGAGGUUAGGCACAAGGUCGCCAGCCCCGCGCUUGGAGCCGGGAGCAGCCCCGCUGCCUCCCCAGACGAGGGGCAAACGCCGGGGGCCGCUGCCACAUCUGCUGCUCGGGCCCCUCCGGGCACCCCUGGCCAGCUGCAGCGUUCUGCUGGUGACAGCAGCGAGUUUAAAAGCCACUCACCGGAGAGUGGUGCGAUGGAAAACUGUCUGAGAGAGCCCAGAGAAGGGGUGAAGCCUGAAGCCAGCGAAAGCACAGACUCGGCGGGGAAGGUGGAGAAAUACAACGUGCCGCUGAACAAACUCAAGAUGAUGUUUGAGAAGGGUGAAGCGACUCAGAGCAAGCAGGUCCCCAGAGACCAGAGGAAGUCUGCAGUUGGGAGGAGGAUUUCUGACAACAGCAUCUCUUCAGAGGACUUUGAUGUUGGCCACGGAGAGAAGAGCUCUAGUACAUCAGGGCAUCUUGUAAAUACUAGUGCAGCACUCAGCCCAGAUAAGGCAGAGACCAAGAAGAGCCUGGACAUGCCUCGCUUGACAGAAACGUCAAUAAAGGACAGGCUGGCCAAGUAUCAGGCAGCUGUGUCCAAGCAGGGCAGUUCCACAGGCCUCAUCACCAUGAAUGAGAUUCAAGCCAGUGAAAGUGAACUCAAGAAUUACAAAUCUGAGCAGAAGGAGAAUAUGCCACCAAGUCCUGAGGACUCCAUUUCCUGUCAGGAUGGGGAGAAGGUUUCUGCAGCUGAGAACAGCUUGUCUCCUCACUCUGGCCUUUUAGAAGACAGCAAUGUUGGCCAAAACCUGGAGAACGAGACAGAAGCUCAGAAACCUGUCAGCACGAAGCAGCAGAACUUUGGGUCUAAACCAGCUGGCCAGGCAGAUGCAUCUGUGCCAAAAGCAGUGAAGAAGUUUCAGCUGCCAGUGAAGGAAACCUGUGUUGGGUGUCAGAAGACCGUGUACCCCAUGGAAAGGCUCUUUGCCAACCAGCAGGUGUUUCACAUCAGCUGUUUCCGCUGUUCCUAUUGCAACAGUAAACUCAGUCUUGGGACAUACGCGUCUCUGCGUGGGAACAUUUACUGCAAGCCUCACUUCAAUCAGCUCUUCAAAUCUAAAGGCAAUUACGAUGAAGGCUUUGGACACAAGCAGCAUAAGGAGCUAUGGGCAGGCAAAACUGAGUGUGAGGAAUCACCAGAGAAAACCGUCCACGCUGUGAAUGCACCAGAAAGUCCACAAAGCCCUGGAGUAGAGGAUGCCCCCAUUGCAAAAGUAGGAAUUCUAGCAGCAAGUAUGGAAGCAAAAGCUUCAGCUGUGCCUGAAAGAGAAGAGAGACCAGCAGAAACAAAAAAGCUCAGGAUUGCCUGGCCACCUCCAUCUGACCAAAGUCCUCAAGGAAGUGCCUUAGAUGAGGGCAUCAAAGUACUGAAACCCAAAUGGCCCCCAGAAGAAGAGACUUCCAAGCCAGAUGUGCUGGAGGAUGUGGAUCUGGAUCUCAAGAAGCUGAGAAGAUCUUCCUCGCUGAAGGAAAGAAGUCGUCCCUUUACAGUCGCAGCCUCAUUUAGAACGAUAUCUGUUAAAGGCCAUAAACCAGAGAGUUCACCUUCUAAGGCAGAGAAAAGGUGUGAGGAACUGGAGAGAAGAGAGGUCGUGGUAGACAAGAAGCAAAAGGAGAAGGUUGAGAAUAGGAACAUCCAGAGUGCUGAAGAGAAAGAUGCAGAGGAAGAACGGGAAUUGUCUGGUAUCAAAACAGUAGAGCAUAACUUUGUGGAGAAUGGCCAGGUGAAUGCAGAGACAGAUGAGGAAGAGCAGGAAACUCCAAAUGAGGAGUUGCUCGAACCAAACUCUCCUAAACGUUCCAGCUUAGCCAAUGUCAUGAGUGCGAAGGAGUCCCCUCGCCAGAAUCGCAGGUCCCAAGACGUUGGUUUCUGGGAGGCUGAAGAUAUGGAAGAUCUGUCUGUGGAAGAACAGAUCAAAAGGAAUCGUUACUAUGAAGAUGAUGAUGAUGAAGAAUAAACUGGCCUUUUACUAGCAAACUUGCUGCAAGGUGCUGGGCAUUUAAAAAUUGGUAUUUUUAGCUUUAAACAUUUGUCCUCCAGGAAAGUGAUUCUGUGCUGCACACUGACGUGAAGGGAAUCCUGCCUACAAACAAUCUCAACGAGGAAAACACUCUGCAAGCCUGGGAAGAGUGCAUUUAGGUGCAUGGAAACAAGUAUCUGGCUGUGGAAUUACCUGAUGAAGCUAUCCCUGCCCCCACAGCAUGGGAACAGAGCUGUUCUGUCCUCCUGCUCUUAUCCCUCCUGAGCUUCAGUGUGUGUUUCACUAACAAUGUGCAGGGUUUCUCUGCACUCUCAGUGGUGUGAAACAGGCUCUCUGCAACACACUCAUUUUGCCCCUACAAAUGCUACUGCAGCGCUUAGGGACCAAUUUCAAAGGGACUUUCUGGCCUGCUCUAAAAAAUGGUAACUUCAUGCACUUUAGUACAUGCCAAGGGCACAACUGGGAUUUAAAAGAGAUACAGUUUUGUGCUCAGUCUCCAAUAACUAAAGCAUCUCAAACCGAGUGCAAGGUGGGUGUUUGUCUUCCUUCUCUCUCCAAACUGCCUCUGAUCAAUUGAAGGCUCCCUACUCGAUUGUUUUCCUCAGUGCAACUGGAACGCUGUGCCCAUCGCUGGCAUAAGCGUGUUUUGGUGCUUACCCAGGAGCUGUGCUGAAGGACAGAUCUCAUUGAGGACAAGUCAUCACUUUGCAGUAGCCUGCAGGGCAUUACUUUUGCAUUUCAUGUGCAUUUGAAGUGGGGUUUUAUUGUUUUUUUUUGGUUUUGCCUUUUGUUUUUUUUACCUGGAGUUCAUUUUAAACUGCAGAUGAUGUUUUAAGGCCUUUCUGACAACUUUGAAACCCAACUUGCAUCAAGCUGCCAGGAAUCUCUUUGUUAUGGCUGUGAAUUACGCUGCACUGCAGAAACCUCUGGAAUAAAACCAUCUCAACAGUGAAACUUUCUGAUUUGCUGGCAUUAAAGCUUAGUACGUGUCUAAACUGGACUUUGUUUUACAGAUAAUGGAAUCUCAAACCACGGUGGAAGGAGGAUGCCCUUUUAUAUUAGCUUUUCUUUGUACUGUACUCUCAUGAGAAUUAGCUCUUAACUAUACUUGAGAUGUAAAAUAUUCUGCUUUCUUAACAGUCCUGCUAACUACAAAACUUCCAAUAAAGUUUGGUCACAUUAAAAUCGAA